UUUCGUUAGUCAAUGGCCUUCCGUUUAAAAACACGCUACUGUUCUUCUUAUCGCUGUUUUAAAGCGUAAAAAACCUCUACUAAUGGCCUUUCGUUAGUCAAUCGCUGUUCUUCUAAUCUUCCGUACCCAGCUUUCACCGUUCUCCCCUCAUCUUCUUUGCGCGUCUCCGCUCACGAAAUAUCCAGGCCGGUCGAACCCUUCUCCCAUCUCUGUUCACGGAUCGUUCUCUUCUAUUUUCGUCAAUUUCAUCCGCUGCUACGAUUAUCCAAGUACCUACAGGUUGGGAUUGUUUUUUGCAGAAAAUCUCCUCACGGGUUAUAGUGUGAAUCGGUGCUCCAUAUACUUCGAGCAGUUCCAUCUCAACGAUUCUUCAUCACUGAAAUGGCAGCUGUCUACAGCUUCUAUAUCAUCAACAAAUCAGGAGGCCUUAUUUUCUACAAGGAUUAUGGUUCAGCUGGAAGGAUGGAUACCAAUGAUAGUUUGAGGCUGGCAAGUUUGUGGCAUUCAAUGCAUGCCAUCUCUCAGCAACUCUCUCCUAUCAAUGGUUGCUCUGGCAUUGAACUCCUUCAAGCCGACACCUUUGAUCUUCACUGCUUCCAAUCUCUAACUGGGACAAAAUUUUUUGUGGUAUGUGAGCCUGGAACGCUGCAUAUGGAACCCCUCUUGAAAUGUAUAUACGAAUUGUACACAGAUUAUGUGUUGAAGAACCCUUUCUAUGAAAUGGAGAUGCCGAUUCGGUGUGAGCUCUUCGAUAUGAACUUGGCACUUGCCGUACAGAAGGACCGUGUCGCAUUAUUAGGAAGAUAGAUGGACAACUCUUCCUGAAAAGAACACAACUAUAGCGUUUCGAAAAUUAGUGUACAUCAUACACUAUGUCGCACUUGCCGUACAUCAUUUGCUACUUGGCAUUGCAAGUUAAAUACUGUAUGAUUUAGGCGUGUUUACAAUGAGUUUAGCUGUCCACCAUGCAAUGUGGGGGGUCCGUGUGAAGGGCUUUUGGUGAAUAUAAUACGAAGUAAUAUUAUUCUAUCUAUUUUACUCUCAAUUCUAAUAGCAUUUACCUCCCUUCAAAUCGUGACUAUUACAAAUAAUAUCAUUUCCUUAAAAGGAUACAGUAAUAGCUUUUGUCAAGAUUCUUAAAUAUACCUUAUAUACUGUCAUAU